UUCUAGUUAUUAACUUAUACUGCAGGCACAGAAGUUUCCACGGACUUUUUCUGUCACACCAGCUACCUCCUCUACAAACAACGCCCUGAGAGAAACAAAUUAUGAAUCUUAGAACAGCUGCAAGAGGCUUUGUAGCUUUCCUUCUGUCAUUACCAGCAUUACAGAGUAAUGAUGACUGGGCAUAUACUUACCCAUCUAGUAAUAUCUGCGCUUUGAGAGGAUCAACAGUUGAAAUCCGCUGCAAUUAUAAAUACCCUUACACAACUACAGUGGAGAAAAUACUGUGGUUUACUACUAAACACAAUGAGCCAGUUGAUCUGAGAGAUGAUACAGACUACACAGGUCGUGUUGAAUACAGCUGUUUUAGGCACAGCUGUACCUGGAGCAGCUGUACUGGAACGUGUAAACUGAUAAUCAAAGACCUGAGACAGAGUGACUCUGCUGAAUACAAGUUUAGGAUUACAACAAACAAUGGAGGGGCAUUAAGUGAUCUCCCUGGAGUGAAGUUAUCUGUGACAGAUCACUGGAUGGAAGUGAUCAUUCUUCCUAGACCUACCAGUCAGAACUGGUUAGAGCUGGAAUGCCACAGAAUGUGUCAUUUAACUGGGUAUCGUACGUACAGUAUGUACAGUAACUGGUACAGGAAUGAAAUUCAACAACGACGUCAAGGAUCCUCCUACCGGUUCGACAUUAACUCUGAAUACAGGGUUUCAUGUGCUGCUACAGGUUUCAAACAUCUCCCCUCUCCAUCAGUGUACGCUCCAGAGGCCCCCUCAGUGGGAGGGACUCCCCCUGGUGUAAUAAAGGAGGGCAGUUCAGUGAAUCUGACCUGCACCAGCGAGGCCAACCCAGUAGCAAAGUACUCCUGGACCAAGGUUACUACAGGUCAUUCCCUCGGACACAGUGUCCAAGGACAACAGCUUUCCUUUCAUCCCAUCCAGUCUUCACACUCUGGACAAUAUCUCUGCAAAGCUGAGAAUGACCUAGGGAAAAUAAUAUCCUACCCAUUCUCUAUUGAUGUGAAAUUCCCCCUGGUGAAAUAAUGGAGGGAGGUUCAGUGACUCUGAGCUGCAGCAGUGAUGCCAACCCAGCAGCUGACUACACCUGGUUCAGGGACA